GACACUUUGUAUAAUGCUGUUUUAACUUAUCCAGAUUUUAGAGAUAAUAAACUUAAGUUGAAAACAGCACUCACAAAAGCUUUUUAUAAGAAUAUUACAUUUACAAAUCUGAAUAUUAAGCAUAACCAACCAUUGAAAAUAGCAAGCUUAGCCUUAAAGGUGAAAGUGAUUGGUAUUGAAGAGGAGGAAGAAAGUAAUGAAUUAAGUUCAGAAAGCACAGAAGAUGCGGAAGAUGAAAAUAAUCAUAACGAGUACUGUGAACACUACGAAAGUAAAGAAAGAGACUAUGUCAAUGUUUGGAAUUAA